AUGCCGCCAGUAUUACGGUCCCAACGAACCAAUACGAUCGAUGUCCACCCCAUUCCACCAACCGAGCACCAGAGGGAGCAUAGCCCUGUCUACACACCAGGCCUUCCACCUGGAGUGGCGAAUGAGGACACGAGGUCCAAAGCUGUUGGGGAUUCUCCAUCCCCUCAGGCCCUUCCAUCAGGGCCACCCUCGCAAUACUUUGAGCAGCGGACGCCUUCGGCUGAACCUUCAGCCAACGCACAUGCUGACACACCUAUGGGGGCGAUAGCCUUUUCUGCUUUCGCACAAAUGGCAGUGGCAAUGCAACAACAACAGGACACGUUCGCACGGCAACAGCAAGACAUGCAUGCAUUGAUGAUGGAGACUUUACGGAGUAGGGAUCGUCGAGAGUCGUCACGAGAUAGAGAAGGUCGAAGUGCAGAUAUCUUUGAACGAUUUCAAAGGCUUCGCCCGCCCACGUUCGAAGGGGCGCCAGAUCCGGUGAAGGCGGAACACUGGCUGGCAAGAAUCACUAAGCUAAUGCGGCCCCUGGAGUGUUCUGAUUCGCAAAUGGUGACCUUAGCUACCUAUCUGUUAGAAGGAGAAGCAGAAAACUGGUGGCAGAGUGUGCAGCGGGGUGUUCCAGCCACGUACGCCUGGACAUGGGCAGGCUUCCGAGAAAAAUUCCUGGAAAAGUAUUUUCCUCGGUCAUGUAGGAACGAGAAAAUAGCCCAGUUCUUGAAGCUGGAACAGGGUAGUAUGACUGUUGCCCAAUAUGAGGCUAGAUUUGACGAACUCUCCUGUUUCAUGCCUAAGGCCCUGGAAGAUAUGGAAUACAAGCUACAAAAGUUCAAGGAAGGACUCAGGCCAGGUAUUCAGUCACGGCUAUGUGCCUGGGAUUUCAGAGAUUUUACAGAACUAGUGGACAAAGCCAUGCGGGUAGAAAAAGAUUUUGAACGCACUAUGAGGACUCGCCCUCUAGUGAGCGGCACCCUAGUCAGGCCUAGGCAGGCACCUUCCGCCCCACUAAUACCAGAGAAAAAGAACAGAGUCAUACCUGCGGGCGCUCCAAUCAUGCCUCCCACGAGGAAUUGUGACUACUGCCACAAAGUUGGACAUUUUGCGCAAAAUUGUUUCAAGAAAAUGAAGGACGAAGGCAUCACUCCACCGGCAAAUCGCCCUCAGCCGGGUCCAGUAACAACCAGGGCAGCACCUUGGCAGCAGCCACCUAGGUCAAGACCUUCAGCUCAGCAGAAGGUUCCCCCUGCCCGCAUGUAUGCCAUAGCUGCUACAGAAGCUGAAGAGGACCCUCAUCAGACGAUUCAUGGUACAGCUCACAUUAACGGUACCCCUGUACUCCUCCUAUUUGAUUCUGGUGCAACUUUAUCUUUCGUAGACUCUACUAUUGCAAAUAGACUUGAACUGAAAAUAACCCGAAUGCAUGCCCCCUUAGUCGUAGCAUCUCCCACGGGGACAUUCAUCGAAACAGACAAAAUAUGUCAAGCUUGUCCUCUAACCCUUGCAAGACGCGAAGUGGUUGUGGACCUGGUCAUAAUGCCUAUAAAACGGUUUGACAUCAUCCUAGGCAUGGAUUGGCUUUCUCAAGUCCGAGCAGUGAUGGACUGCCACGGCAAAACGGUCACUAUAACAGUCUCUGGGCAACCCUCUUUUAUAGUAAAGGGAAAGAGUAGGCACAACACAUUUGGAAGCUUACAAGCCCUAGACGAACCAGAAUCAGUCGAGUCCACCAUCAGCCCAAUACCAGUAGUAUCAAAAUUCUCUGAGGUAUUUCAAGAGAUACCAGGACUAUCCCCAAGACGAGCGAUAGAUGUUUGCAUAGAUCUUAAACCAGGAACUGCUCCCAUAUCAUUACCCCCGUUUCGCAUGCCCCCUUGCGGAAUGGAAGAACUUAGGAACCAGAUAAAAGAGCUGCUGACCCAGGGUUUCAUUCGCCCCAGCGUUUCUCCGUGGGGAGCGCCGGUCUUGUUCGUGAAAAAGAAGGACGGGUCGAUGCGUCUCUGCAUUGAUUACCGACGAUUGAACGAAGUCACGAUAAAGAACAAGUACCCCCUACCACGUAUCGGUGACCUAUUCGACCAGCUCAAGGGUGCCAAGUACUUCUCCAAGAUCGAUAUACGAUCAGGAUACCAUCAGCUGAGAAUCAAGGAUGAGGAUAUCCCUAAAACAGCAUUUAGGACUCGUUAUGGGCACUAUGAGUUCCUGGUUAUGCCCUUCGGCCUCACAAAUGCUCCGGCAGUGUUCAUGGACCUCAUGAACCGAGUUUUCAUGCCUUACCUAGAUCGAUUCAUUUUACUCCAAAAGCAAGGAGGAGCAUGA